GGAAAUGCUCUUUCGCGUUGUUUUGCCUUCUACUAUGAAAUGGCAGAAGAAGACAGAAGACUGCUCCCUGAAUGCGGACAAAUAUUGAUGUCUUUGUAUCUCCCGUAAAUUGUCAUUUGAAGCUCAUUUCAUUGGUGUCAACAGACUGAGGCAAACUAGAUUUUCCCCUUUUCCACGGAUCCUUUCACUCCCUUGCGGCACCUGCAAGAUAUUGACAUGAUAGAGUUAACGUUUAGCACAUGCUACUUUCUUCAAUUUACUCAUAUUUGUUUAUUUUUCCAUCCCAGUUGAAUAACUUUUUAUCAUGUUCGUUUCAGGUCUGAUGGAAGCGAAAGAGGAACUGAAUGAGGUGGAGGAGAAACAUCACCAUUCCGCCACUGGAGAAAAACCUUCAACUGCCUCGCCGCCGGAAACCUCUUUCUCACGGAAAGCCAAGAAGUCUUUCACCUGCCCUCAGUGUGGAAAGAGUUUUGCACGGAAAGCGAGACUCGAGCGGCACAUCAGAAUUCACACCGGAGAGAAACCCUUCGCGUGUGUCGAGUGUGGCAAGAGUUUUGCGUGCAAAGCCAGACUCGCCAGGCACAUCAAAACUCACACCGGAGAGAAGCCGUUCACGUGCGAUUGGUGCGGAAAGAGUUUGGCAUGCAGAACGAGACUUAAGAGGCACAUGCAAACGCACACUGGAGAAAAGCCUCACAUGUGUCUGCACUGCGGGAAGAGCUUCGCGUGCAACGCUAACCUACAGAGGCACAUCAAACUUCACACCGGAGAGAGGCCGCACACGUGCCCGGAGUGCGGGAAGAGCUUCAUACGGAACGAGAAGCUCAAGAGUCACAUGACCAUCCACACCGGAGAGCGACCUUAUGCGUGCGAUCAGUGCGGGAGGAGUUUCCGACACAUCAACGGCCUCAAAGAUCACCAGCUCUCUCAUUCCGCCGUGAGGUCGUUCAACUGCGACCAGUGCGGUAAAGAGUUCAUCACCGCGUCAGCGCUGAAGAGACACUUCAAAGUGCACUCAGGCGAGAAGCCUUACUUGUGUCCUCUGUGUGGAAAGACUUUCGCACGGGUGGAUUGUUUUAAAAGGCAUCAGGAGGUUCAUAGCGGUGUGAAGGAUCACGUGUGCUUUGAAUGCGGGAAGGCUUUUGUUACGGCCGACCAGCUCAAACAGCACCAGAGGAUUCACGCUGGAGAAAAACCUCACAAGUGCGCGCUCUGCGGGAAGAGUUUCAUUCGUUUACCGCAGCUGAUCGCACACGAGACGGCGCACCGAGAGAAGCCGCACCUCUGCGCUCUGUGUGGGAAGAGUUUCAAGCAAUCACGUCAUCUACUGAUUCACGUGAAAAAGCAUCAUCCGAUCGAAACACUGAUUGUGGAGUGAGACUUUUGAACUUCAUUGCAUGUGUAUGAAAUCAGGUGACUUUUGUCACACCAGUAAUGCUACUGUGUAAUCUGUUUGCAAAAAUGUGUGUCGGCUCUGCUGAAAAAUCCAGUUGGUCUUAGCUGGUUUAAGCUGGAAGUAGCUGGUUUAAGCUGGUCUCCCAGCCUCCCAGUCUCCUAGCUAACCAAAACCCCUCUAAAACCAGCUAUGACCAGGCUGGGAGACCAGCUUAGACUGGUUUUAGCUGGAUUUUUUCAGCAGGGAUUGUGCUGCUGAUUAUGGAUGAAAUUGUAUUUUUAUUUAAAUCAAAUGGUUUCAACAUUGCAUCUGAGUACUGUAGUGAAUAAACUCUAAGUGUGCUUGUCUUCAUUAAAAUAUUUUAUAGGAGUA